AUCUUGUUUUGUUCUUGCCCAUUGUUGCUUCCCUUGGCUUUCAUCCACUGAUAAGUCAGCCAUGCCACUGGGUCGGAUGGGAUAGACUACCUGUGGAAGUCCCCAGGCUACAUUCCUCCUCACUUGUCAUAGACUCAAGCCGUCUCAGUGCGGUGCCGUCGACGAAGGCAGCAGAAUGAGGGCCUCGACCUUGGUUAAUGUGAGGCACUUGUUGUGCCUCUACCUCUUCUUCACUCUCACACUAGGAGGGUUGAUCAGACCAGAAAAAAGGCAACAGUCAAAGAUAUCGACUACAGUCUCCCCAACUCAGGUCCCUACCAGUGCCAUCGAAAUCACCAUAAAUACGCCAACGUCAACAUCAGUGAUUCAAAGCUCAUCGAAGAGUUCUAUACUAGUCACUGCUACCGAGACUACCAAUAGUUCUUCCGUUUUCCAAGUUACAAUACCCCAUGGCCAACUUCCCAUCCAGCCGAGAAUCACUCCUGGCUGGGCAGUUUCUGGCGCCAUACUCAUCGUGACAGGUAUCGUCUGCGGUCUGGUCGGGAUCCAGAAAAGAUGGCUCCACACAUUCCUUACCACCGGCUUCCUCGCCAGCUUAGGAACCACUGUUUUGAUCCUGUACGUAGCUGAUCCCCAAGUCAGUGACGCGGUCCAGGGAGCUUAUGUCGUGGCUGCGGGCUGUACUGGCAUGAUAGUUGGCGGCCUAGCCAUCAUAUUCCAGGACUUGGCCGAAGGUCUAGCCUGCCUGCUCGCUGGCUUUUGUUUCAGUAUGUGGUUGCUUACUCUCAGGUCGGGAGCUCUAAUUCAACACAGCGGCGGCAAGGUAGCUUUCAUCAUCCUGCUAUCCUUGGCUGGCUUUUGCUUAUACUUCACUCGCUGGACGCGCACCUACGGCCUUAUCGCCUCCAUCUCCUUUUCGGGUGCCACUGCUGCGGUUUUGGGUAUCGAUUGCUUUGCCCGUGCGGGUUUGAAGGAGUUCUGGGCAUACAUCUGGGACCUAAACGAUGAUAUCUUUCCCCUCGGCACAGUCACGUACCCGUUGACCCGCGGAAUUCGCGCCGAAAUAGCAGCUAUCAUGGUUAUCUUUGCUGCUGGGAUGGUCUCACAGCUUAAACUAUGGCGUCUGGUCAGAAACCGACGGGAAUCAGAAUUCACAGAUCAUGAAAGGAACUUGGAGGCAGAGGACGAGAAAACUGCACGGCAGCUGGAAGAGGCAAGAGCUCGCGAUCUCCGAGAGUGGGAACGGAAGUACGGAGAUGGGAAAAUCAGACAGGUACCUCCAUCGGAAGAUUCGGGCCUCGGUGAUAUGGACAGCGAAAAGCGAGUGCUGCGACACAGUCAACAAAGCAUAUCGGCAGUUACGACGACCCGCUCCCGCUCCCGCUCAACGACAGGAACAGACUCAGGCACCAGCAAGUAUGAGUACGCAGUUGAAAGGGCAGCAACACCCUCAUCCUUGGCCCAGGCUACCGCGGCUGCAAUGGCUUGCUCUCCAACUCGCAACCUCAAAGGUGCCAUCAAGGCUUCGGAUGACGGAAUUUCAAGCGAGUCCAACACCGAUAUUGGAAGUCCCACAAUCGACGAAAAGGAGGUUGAAGUCCGGGUGAGUGAAGCUGGCAUUGAUGGGCCACCCGUCGCCGUUGACGACGAUGAGGGAAAUGGGCUUGGACAAACAGCACAGCACCGGUCGACCACGGUGAUCAGAAGACUUUCGAACAGCUCGGCUAAGCUCUUUCGAAAUCUGUCACAUAAACCUGCACACCGCGAAGCCGAAAGGAAUCAACAGGCUGGUGAGAGUCGUGAAGGAGGGGUUGCGGCGACUUGGAAAGUACGAAACGACACGGAUUCUGUCGCGGUAAACUUGGAUGAUUUGGGCUUUGUCAGUGAUGAUGAUGAAAAUGAAGAUGACCAGGUGGAGGAGAGUAAGGUUCCUGGCUUUGAGAAUCAGAGCAAUGAAGACGCAGGCAAACGGAUUGAACCGAUGGCCGAACCGACAGAGGAAGUGACGGAUAAGACAUUGUCUGAGGUUCAAAGCCAUGAGCAAGGUCACCCCCAAGCCCAACAGGAAUCAGGCACCCCAUCAACAAGCAAAGGAUAUGCUCUUAUGUUCAAUGAGCCGUAUGAGUAUAAGGGAGACAAGGAGAAGGAUCAACCAAUCCCGACGAACGUACCUGCGUCCGUGGGAGGAUCAGAAGUGAGAUCAAGCGGAACGCCCAAGUCAGAUGAGUCCUCAGGUAACAGCCUCCUCAAGGAUAAUAUUGCGCAGGAGCUUUCGCCAAUCGCUUUGUACUACCGGACAAACGAAUGGGCAAAGCACCUGGACGCUGCAGACUUGCCUGAGGAGCCCGUGACGCCUCAACCUAUCGACGAUCCUAAGGAGACGGACUCGAACCUUCCAAGCGAAAAACCAGCGCCGCUCUAUCUCGUCGGUCUUCAACAGACAGCCACGAAUGCUAGCGUGCCUCGAGCCAUCCCCAGAACGACAAGCUUGGUGAUAGACUACCUUGCUCAACAACGGGGUAUACAUCGCAGCAGCUCCAGGUCUCCGGAUGGCAUAUAUCAUGGUCCGGACCUUAUACCAAAGCCGGAACCUGUGGCGGCAACAAGGGCUUCUCCCUACCGGUCUGCUUCCGAAACUUUGAAAGGACUUACAUCAAGACUGUUUACCGAAACUAUCACUGAGGAGGGAGGUGUUCAGAGCCAUCGACGUGGUACAGAACAAGUAUCAAGAGAAAGCCAUCAAACAUCACGCCCCGUUCCUCCAGAGGCAUCAGCGUUGCUAUCUGCGAUUGAUCCUUACGGCCCUUCUCCUGCCCAAGGAGUAUCUCGACACCGGACACCGUCGACAUUAAUCGAUACACGCGAGGUUCUUCUCCGCAGCAAAUCCCACGGACCUCUUUUCAACGCACCAGCAAUGGAGGUCGUCUACAACGGAACGCCUGCUGCACAACCGCACUUGGUACAGGACAGUAGCUGUAGUCCGCCGAUCGAUAUCGACGACAUUCCCCUUUCACAACGCCGCAAAAUCAUUCGACAAAGCAGCCUAGCCUACGAAUCCAAGAACAACCGAUCACGAGAUAUACUCCGAGAUCCGAGCCCAAACUCGAAGCUCAACCCCCAAUCCAGGAAUCCUUCCGCCCCUACCUCUCCCCAGCCGGCCCGACAAGCUAGUAAUUCAUCGUCGACAUCCGAUGCCGUCCGCCAAGCGAAACUCGCCAACUUCCGCAAAAGUGUCGCCGCUGACUUGCGGGCCUCAUCGAGUCGCAAUGCACUGAACAACAUCGCCACUCCUAUAAUACCCCCAUCAUCAUCAUCAUCACCACUACAACAACCAACCACCGUCUACGAUCCUUAUACUUUCGGUCAUCAAGUCGGUGUCAUGACACAAACACAACCACAACAGCAACAAAUCCAUCCAGGACUAGGCAGAAGGGUCUCAACACAGCGAAACACCUACGGGUAUGGACAACAACAGCAGCAGCAACAAGAUCCAACAUCAACAGGGGCAGCAAUAGAGAUCCAGCAAAGACGAAGCAGCGGACAGCCACAGAUACAAGUGGCACAAGCGCAUCGAGCGCAUCGAGCGCAUAGGGACGCGAUGAGGAGGUUGCAGGCUGGUGCCAAGGCGGAUUGAUCGAGAUGUUUAGUUAUUAAUGCUGGUGGCAAUG